AUGGAAGAAUUAGUAGCAGCAAACAAGGAGAGUGGAUCAUCAUCAAAACUUAUAAUCGAAGAAUGGAAUGGAUCUUCUUCAACAAAGCUCGGAUUUCCAAGCAGUGUAACACCAGAUUAUGUUCCUUUUCAAGUAUGGGAUUCAUUGCAGGGUGUUUCAACUUACAUAAGGACCAUGCUUUCAACACAAGCUCUCUUGAGUGCAAUUGGGGUUGGUGAGAAAUCAGCUACCGUUAUUGGUGCCACAUUUCAGUGGUUUUUGAGGGACUUAACUGGAAUGCUUGGAGGCAUACUCUUUACAUUUUACCAGGGCUCAGAACUGGAUAGCAAUGCCAAGAUGUGGCGUUUGGUUGCUGACUUUAUGAAUGAUCUUGGAAUGUUGAUGGACCUUGUUUCCCCUUUGUUUCCUUCCGCUUUUGUUUUUGUUGUUUGCUUAGGAAGCUUAUCAAGAUCAUUCACUGGUGUUGCUAGUGGUGCAACUAGAGCUGCUUUGACUCAGCAUUUUGCCCUUCAGAACAAUGCGGCAGAUAUAUCUGCCAAGGAAGGAAGUCAAGAAACAGUCGCAACAAUGAUUGGCAUGGCCUUAGGGAUGCUCCUCGCUCGAAUAACAAUGGGACACCCCCUAGCCAUUUGGUUUUCUUUCCUUUCUCUCACUGUGUUCCAUAUGUAUGCAAACUACAGGGCUGUUGGGUGUCUUGCUUUGACUUCUUUAAAUAUUGAGAGGAGCGCAAUUCUUUUCCAGCAUUUCAUGGAGACUGGCCAAGUUCUCUCUCCUGAACAGGUCUCUAGAAUGGAACAUGUUUUACCAAUAUGGAUCACUUCUUGCGGUUCAAAGAAGGUCAAGUUACUGCAUACCCAUGUGUGCUUGGGUGUGAGAGUUUCUUCGCUUGAUCAGCAGGAAAUGAUGGAGGUGUUGCGGUCUGCAGGAUCUCACUAUCAUAAAGCAAAAUACUUGCUGGUGGAGAGGAAGGGAAUCAUCAAUAUUAUAAUGCACAAAACUUCAGAAGCUUCAGAUGUCUUGCAAUCGUUUAUUCAUGCUCUUGUUAUGGCUAAGCUCAUUGAAAAAAAUACAUCUUUCUACUUGGAGAGCCAAUCAUGGAUGGAUAAACAGUACGAAGCUUUUCUUCAAAAGCUAAGUUCAUUGGGUUGGAAAACAGGGCGCCUUCUUUCCCCUUCAAUCAUCUGGAAGGCAGACUGGACAAAUGUUUCUUCAGAUGAUAAAAUCGACUAG